AUGGUUACCGGAGAAACCUCGAAGGAGCGAGAAGGCCCUGAUUCUCAAGUCAUAGUAGAGAACAUGGAUUUGUGGGGAGAUCUGAAAAUCGAAGAACACAAGUUUGGUGAUUAUGAGUGCCCAGAAAUCAUCUUGUCGAAAGUAGAAGAAAGAAGAAUUUCAAUUCCAUGGAAAAAAGGAGUGAUUGUCAAAAUGCUGGGGAGGAGGAUCGGCUACAAAGCACUUGAAAACAGGUUGAAUCAGUUGUGGGCUAGAAAUGGAUGUCUGAGUAUCGUGGAUCUAGGACAAGAGUACUAUCUUGUUACUUUCACCAACAAAGAGGAUCAAUACUCUGCACUAAUAGAUGGAGCUUGGCUUAUUUAUGACCAUUACCUAUCGAUGAGGGAAUGGAAGCCAAAUUUUUGUCCGGCAAGUGACGCUAUUGAACAAGUUGCAGUGUGGGUGCACGUUUCAGGGAUGCCAAUUGAAUACUACGACGCGAGAGUUCUCACUUUCAUUGGUAAUCGCAUUGGGGUUACAGUUAAAGUUUAUAGAAAAACUCUGAGCAAAGAGAGGGGCGAAUAUGCUCAGCUAUGUGUUCAAGUCGAUAUAUCAAAAAUGCUUUUGGCCAUGUUUGCAAUCAAAGGCAGACACUAUAAGAUUAAGUAUGAAGGUUUACACUUACUCUGUUUAAGGUGCAGCAGAUUUGGGCAUUUCAAAGAGGGAUGCGAAGUUCAGUCCAAGUCAAAUGGAAAAGGUAUAGCCACUGUGGUUAGAAAUACACUAGAAAAGGGAGAAACAUCAAUUCAUCUUCAAGAAAGAGAACAAGACGAGGAUGGCCCUUGGAAGGUGGUACAAAAAACUCGGAGAUCAAGGAAAGGUAAGGAAACGGAGAAGAAUGGGUGGCAGUCAGGUCCGACGAGCCUCCGUGCAAAAACUCCGAUGACAUUGAAUAGCAUUAAAGCCAACAUUAAUGCAAAGGGAUCCAGAUUUAUUUCACUUAAUGAGGAGACCAUGGAUUUGGAAGUUCCAAAUUUGAAUGACAAGAAUAGUAAGAAGAAUAAUGAAGAGAAUUCAAUGGGGGAUACUGGAAAAGGAAUACAAUCCCCAACGAUCAUCCAUCAACGGAAAUCCAAAAAAGAAAGAAAGAAAUUGGAGGAGACCAAUAAAAAGAAGGUAAAGAGCUUCCAAAAUGUUAUUGAGAAAGUAACACGUGGCAUAGAAAAAGAUAAGCGACCGGUGGGACCUUUUGGUAAAAAAGAGAGAAUUAUAUGA